AAUUUACAGAAAUAUUCUAAGAUUUGUAAAAUGUGCAGAACUUGUGGUUGCUCAUAUAAUCCUUGCUCGAUGAGUGCUACAUUUAGACCUAGCCACAGACCUGAUCAUCCCUGCGACCCUUAUCUACCAUUGACUUUAUGUGAGCCUUCUGAAAUGAUGGAUUGUUGUAUGCCAGCUCCAAGAUGUUGUUAUCCAAAUUGCAGUCAGAAGAAUCCACCGUGUCGAUAUUCCGGUCCAUGCAAGGCACACUGUUAUGAAACUUUACCAUGUUCAAAACCUAGAAGACCAUGCUAAAAAAUCUUUUUAAUGGCUUUGAAUUUCAAGA